AUCAUCAACACCAACCUCUCCUUCUCACCUUCCUCCCCUCUCACGCCUCCGUUUCUUCUGCAAUUUUCAUCUCUCUCUCUCUCUCCCAGUCUGGCAUAUCAUUUGGGGGCUAGCUUGCUACUAUAUAUUGUUUUUAUUCCAUGUUUACACUCUCAAGGUCGGACCUUUUGAAUUGAAUUUGGUAUUUUCUCCUGCACUUUUUUAAGCUUUUAGCACAGGACAAUCAUGGGGGCCUGCUUCUCCACCAUCAAAGUCAGUGGCUCCAAUAGCAACAACCACUCCACCGUCCCUAGGAAUAGCCAUCGCAAGAAAUCGACGGCCAAGAAAAAGGAUUCGCAUAACGCAAAGAAUGAGACCAAGAAACAGAACAAUAAACAGCAGAAUCGACCCCAACAUCAACAGCAGCUAAAGGUAAUCCCAUGUGGGAAGCGAACGGAUUUUGGGUACGCCAAGGAUUUCGAUAUGCAUUACAGGAUCGGGAAAUUGUUGGGUCAUGGACAAUUUGGGUAUACGUAUGUCGCCGUCGAUAAGACGAACGGCGAUCGGGUUGCGGUUAAGAAAAUUGACAAGAAUAAGAUGGUUUUUCCCAUUGCUGUUGAGGAUGUGAAGCGAGAGGUCAAGAUAUUGCAAGCCCUUACAGGCCAUGAAAAUGUCGUUCAAUUUUAUAAUGCCUUUGAGGAUGAUUCCUAUGUAUAUAUAGUUAUGGAGUUAUGCGAGGGUGGAGAAUUGCUGGAUCGAAUACUGAACAAAAAGGACAGUCGUUAUACUGAGAAAGAUGCAGCAGUAGUUGUAAGACAGAUGCUCAAAGUUGCAGCAGAAUGUCAUCUACAUGGUAUGGUACACCGUGACAUGAAACCAGAGAAUUUCCUUUUCAAGUCAACCAGAGAAGACUCGCCUCUAAAAGCUACCGAUUUUGGUCUGUCAGAUUUUAUAAUACCCGGAAAGAAGUUUCAAGAUAUUGUUGGCAGUGCCUACUAUGUUGCUCCUGAAGUAUUGAAACGCAGAUCAGGGCCUGAAUCAGAUGUAUGGAGCAUAGGUGUCAUUACGUACAUUUUGCUUUGUGGGAGGCGGCCCUUCUGGGAUAAGACUGAGGAUGGUAUAUUUAAGGAGGUUCUAAGGAACAGACCAGAUUUUCGUCGCAAACCAUGGCCAACAAUCAGCAGUAGUGCUAAAGACUUUGUCAAGAAGCUAUUGGUGAAGGAUCCUCGAGCAAGACUAACAGCUGCUCAGGCCCUUUCACACCCAUGGGUUAGAGAAGGAGGAUGUGCAUCUGAAAUUCCAAUUGAUAUAUCUGUUCUGAAAAACUUGCGACAAUUCGUGAAGUACAGUCGUUUGAAGCAAUUUGCCCUGAGGGCACUGGCUAGCACACUUGAUGAGGAGGAACUGUCCGAUCUUAAGGAUCAGUUUGAUGCCAUUGAUGUAGAUAAAAAUGGUUCUAUAAGUCUUGAAGAGAUGAGACAGGCCCUUGCUAAAGAUAUUCCUUGGUCGCUAAAGGAUUCACGUGUCCUUGAGAUUCUUCAAGCAAUUGACAGCAACACAGAUGGGCUUGUGGAUUUCACUGAGUUUGUUGCAGCAGCCCUGCAUGUGCAUCAACUGGAGGAGCAUGACUCUGAAAAGUGGCAGCAGAGAUCACAAGCUGCUUUCGAGAAAUUUGACAUAGAUAAAGAUGGGUAUAUAACUGCAGAAGAACUUAGAAUGCACACAGGCCUAAAAGGUUCCAUUGAUCCUCUGCUGGAUGAGGCUGACAUUGAUAAAGAUGGAAAAAUAAGCCUUCCAGAAUUUCGCCGACUUCUACGAACUGCAAGCAUCAAUUCACGGAAUGUCACCGGCCCAGCUGUCUGUCAGAGAUCCCAAAAGUUAUAGAUCAGAACUGGAUUUGUAUAUUGAGAGAGAAUAUAGAACAAGAGAUGGAAAUCCAUUUUCCAGAUUUCACUUGCUUAGAGAAUCUCAAGCAGGUUUUGAUCUAACUCUUUCCAUCACCUUCCCUAGGACCCAUUUGGACUUUAGUGUUGAAUGAUUGCAUUCCACUUUGCUGGAUACACAGCUCAGGGUUCUUUGACAUUGAUCUGCACUUUGGUUAUAGAGAGGAAGAUGGUUAUAGGUGUAUGGCCAUAUUGUGUAUAUCCCUUUUUGUGGGGGGUUUCUUCGUUGUGCCUGUUUAAUUGAUCAUAAGUGACUAAAUAAUUUUAAAAAAA